AUGCUGCUGUGGCCCUACAGAAGCACUGUAAGGAGUCGCUGUUCAAGAGGAUGUGAAGGAGUCAUUGAGUCGAGUUCCAAGUGCCAUUGCAGGAUAGCUCAACACACACCAACCCGCUUCUCAGCUACAUUCGAAGACUGCUCAGCAGGGGAUGGUAGUGAUCAACGUUACUGUGGCCUGCCCAGGUAUGGCUGCACCUUUGACAUUGGACAGUUCUCGCGUGCUGGAGGCGCAGUUGCCGAGGGCCGGGAAUAUGAUGACGGCACUACGUGGUUCAAAGGCUGGAUUUGGCGCAUGGCCAUCUGCAGGAACUGCGGCACUCACUUGGGCUGGCGAUUUGAAAGCAGGUCCUGGAACAAAUCAGGAGGUCGAGGUGAUGCAGCUCUGUUUUGGGGCUUGAUAUGGAGGCACCUUCGCGAGCAUCGUGCGCCCGGUCAGGGUCCUUCCAGCCAAAUGCCGCCGAAACUACGAUGUCCGAAGGAUCAUCCUUUGCGGCGGUAUGCCACCCCGCAUGGUCAAUACGUAUGUGACGGCUGCAAUCGCCAGGUGAAAGCAGGUGAUCAUUUGUGGGGUUGUGGAGCUUGCGAUUUCGACCUUUGCGACGGCUGCAGGGCAAAGGUGAUUCACAAACGGACAGACGAGCCUGUGUUGCCGACAAGCAGAGGGCAGCCUCCUGGUGAAGAUGCGGAUAAAGGCGACUUGCUGAUGCCAGAUCUCUAUCAGCCGUUGCGCGAUUUGCUCUGCAGUCUUCAGCCUCAGGUCUACACAGCCCGCAUCACCUACGCUGGAAGCUACUGGCCCUAG